UGUGUCCUCUGACCCCUGUGACCUCUGACCCUUGUGACCCCUGUGACCCCUGACCCCUGUGACCCCAGGCUGUAGCGUGAAGGUGCACAGGGGAUGUCGCGACGGCCUUCCCGUCUGCUCCAAGGCGAAGCUGCGGGACAAGUACGGACAGAUCCGGCUGUCGGGCUCCAACAAGGACAUCCCAGCGGCGGCUUCCGGCAAAUAUGGCCUCACGAGGGGGCGGCCCCAGUCGGCCUACCUGCCGGACAUGGGGGGCGGCCGUGCGGCCAUCAACGCGGCCUCCAUGCGGGGGCGGCUGCCGUCCACCAGCUCCGCGCUCGCCAAGAGCAUCUCCACCAAUCAGCUGCACGGAGCGCCGGCGUCCACCGACCGGAAUGGGUUCCACCGCGGCCGGUGGCAGUCGACCGAGUCGCUCUCCCUCUUCAGCCGGCUCAUGGGCAACUCCAUGGAGUCGCUGCCGGAUGACGGGGACGUGAUCGAGUGCAGCCUCAUGGGCAGCCUGGAGGAGGACGCUCGCUACUUCGAGGCGGACUCGUGGAGCGUCGCCGUGGACGCCAAGUUCAUCAAGAGGCAGAACAAGGACGAGAUCAAGAGGCAGGACGUCAUCUACGAGCUGAUGCAGACGGAGAUGCACCACAUCCGCACGCUGCGCAUCAUGGCGGAGGUGUUUGGGCGAGGCCUGCGCCAGGAGUUGGGCUGGACGGCGGAGAUGGUGGAGCGGCUGUUCCCGCGUCUGGACGACCUCCUGGAGCUGCACACGCACUUCAUAGCGCGCCUGCUGGAGCGCCGGCGGGACAGCCUCGACCCCGGCAGCGACCACAACUUCACCGUCACGCGCGUCGGCGACGUCCUCAUGGGCCAGUUUUCGGACGACAACGGCGACGCGAUGAAGGACACCUACGGGGACUUCUGCAGCCAGCACUGCGAGGCCGUGCGCUUCUACAAGGAGAACUUCGCUCGCGAGAGGAAGUUCCAGAGCUUCAUCCGGCGGCAGGGCUCCAACGCGCUGGUGCGGCGUCUCGGGGUGCAGGAGUGCAUCCUGCUCGUCACCCAGCGCAUCACCAAGUACCCGGUGCUCAUCGACCGCAUCCUGCGCUCCACCAAGGCACCCCGCGGGCGACGCGGCGAGUCGCUCAGCAGCGGACAGACCCCGGCGCGCACAGACCCUGGCUCACCCUGGGCUCCAGCUGUUGCCGCCGCCGCAUCCCCCGCGAGCGCCAACAAAGACGGCCGGGCAGACGGAGCCGCGGGCGGCGGCGGCGGCGGAGGAGGCGGAGGUCACGAGAAGAGACAAACUUUCGGCGCACAAAAGACUCCGGGGGUUGGGGGGGGUCCCGGCGACGAGCUCCGUGGCUGCUGCGGGUCUCCUUGGCGAGGAGACGCCGCCGAGGGCUUCGCUCGGGAGCGCUCCUGGGGCCGGGAGGGACGCGGGGAUCCGAGCCGGCCCAUCUGCCUGAGGCGGGACCAGCCACCGGAACACCGCAACCAGCUGGAAGCCGUGGUCCACGUGGACGCACAUUCUGUACGGAAACCGCCGGGCGCGCGUUUGCUCUGCCGGGCGAGGGAAGGUCGGGUCGUCGGCGCAGAGGGGAAGGCCUCGAGCCUGGACUUCAACACGGGCAAGGAGCUGACAUCCCAGAUGGCUUUCCACGACGUCCGCGACGCUUGCGCCGAGUUCCUGGAGAAGAACCUGCACCCCUCCAACUGCCUGGGCAUGAUGCUGCUGUCCGAGGCGCACCAGUGCCGCCGCCUGCACGACCUCGCGUGGCGCAUGUGCCUGGCCAACUUCGGCGCGCUGGCGCUCGCCGACGACUUCCUGUCGCUGCCGUGCGACAAGCUGGCCGAGCUGGUCUCCAGCGAGGAGCUGGACGUGGAGGACGAGCGCGUGGCCUACGAGGCGGCCAGGCGCUGGGUGGGCCACGACCCCGCGGUCCGGGCGGCCCACCUGCCCCGCCUGCUGGCGGGCCUGCGGCUCGCCAUGCUGCCGCUGGUCUACCUCGCCGAGGUCGCCGGCGACGAGCUGAUCCGCGGGCAGGCGCGCAGCCGCGAGAUGGUGGAGGAGGCCAUGGGCUGCAAGCUGAAGAUCCUGAGGAACGACGGCGUCGUGACCAGCCCCUGCGCCAGGCCCCGCAAGUCGGGCCACGCGCUGCUGCUGCUCGCCGGGCAGACGUUCAUGUGCGACAAGAUCUACCUGGUGGACCUCAAGGCGCAGCAGAUCCUGCCCAAGGCCGACCUGCCGAGUCCCCGCAAGGAGUUCAGCGCGUGCGCCGUCGGCUGCAAGGUCUACGUCAUGGGCGGCCGCGGCUCGGAGAACGGCGUGUCCAAGGACGUGUGGGUGUACGACACGGUGCACGACGAGUGGUCCAAGGCGGCGCCCAUGCUCAUCGCUCGCUUCGGCCACGGCUCUGCCGAGUUGGAGCACUGCCUCUACGCCGUGGGCGGCCACACGUCCACCGCCGGCGUCUACCCGGCGUCGCCCUCCGUCUCCCUCAAGCAGGUGGAGCGCUACGACCCCGUGGUGAACAAGUGGACCAUGGUGGCGCCGCUGCGCGACGGCGUGAGCAACGCCGCCGUGGUCAGCGCCAAGCUGCGGCUCUACGUGUUCGGCACCGGCGGCUCCUCCAGCGCCGCCAAGGAGCGCGCGCCCAAGGUGCAGCGCUACGACCCCGGCGAGAACCGCUGGAGCGUGGUGGCGUCGUGCCCGCAGCCGUGGCGCCACGCGGCCGCGGCCGUCUUCGGCGGGCAGAUCUUCGUGAUGGGCGGCGAGACGGAGCUGUCGGCCGUCGCCGCCUACCGCUUCGACUGCGACGCGGCGGCCUGGACCCGCGUCGGCGGCGACGUCACCGCCAAGCGCAUGAGCUGCCUGGCGGCCGCCAGCGGCGACAAGCUGUACGCCGUGGGCGGGUACUUCGGCACGCAGCGCGGCAAGACGCUCGACUGCUACGACCCGGCGCUGGACACGUGGGCGAGCGUCACCAGCGUGCCCUACUCGCUCAUCCCCACCGCCUUCGUCAGCACCUGGAAGCACCUGCCGGCCUGA